AUGCACUCCACAUUGUCGGUCAGUAACGAAAGUCAAGAAUGUUUGGAUGAUCAUGAUAAUGCUCGAGGUGUCCAUCUAAUAUACUCAGAAUACGAUUGUGCACCAUCUGAAACUGAUGUUGAGAUAAUCGAAGGAGCCAAACAGUAUUGGUGGCAAAGUUCAAAAUCGACAGGUGAUGAAAUGAAUUUCUAUUACAAUCAUGCACCACAUGGAACUAAUAAUUAUUGCUCACCUCCAUAUGGCAAGGAAGUAUCACUUGUUUACUCUGAAUAUGAUGAACCACCAUCUGAAACAAGUGUUGAUCUGAGUCAAAUAUUUAAUAAUAGAAAAAUUGACGGUCGUGAAGUUCAUUUAAUUUAUUCGGAUUAUGAUGAACCACCAUCAGAGACAGAUGUCGAAUAUGAUGGACGUCCAUGGUGUUCUAUUUUUGGUAAUCCAGCACUUUGGAAAAUUCGAGAAGAAGGUCGCGAGAUGCAUCUAAUCUAUUCUGAUUAUACAGAACCAAAAUCUGAAACAAUUGUUGAAAUUGAAAAUGACAAUCAGUCUGAAAUUUUCGAUAUCAGUAAUUUAGAGACUUCCGAUAAAGAAGUAAACACAGCACAAGAAAUAUCAUGGAGCACUGAUAAUAUUUAUAGCGUUGAUACACGUAAUACUAUUUCCAGUGAUAUUUAUACACGACGUCCACCAAAAUUUCGUACUCUCUAUGCUAGCGAUUCGCUAGAAUUUAUUGAACAAAUUGGAGAAAAUGAAAUGAUCAACGAUGAAUUUAAACUAUUUUCAUCAUCUGAUAAUGAUUCGAUUGCUACAGAGAAAUCCGUAAUAUCGGUCCAGUAUCUUGAUAACAUGGAAGAAUUGCUUGCAUUCUCGAAUAAUAGUAAAUUUGACUCCGGCAGUGUUAAUGAGAGUACUAUUCUUGAAUAUCUUGAAGCUCAGGAAUUGAAUACAGCAAAAACUGAUUCAUCGUUGGUGUCAAUAAUUUCGACAAAAUAUGACACAACAUUGGGAAAUUCAUUUGCAACGGAUUAUAAUGAUUCGUCGAAUUCCGUUUCUUUCGAAUCAAUCUGA